ACACGGCUGGGAAAACCAGGCAUGAGCUCUGUGAAAACUGCAUCUAUUUUUGGACAGAACUGGAAGCUCCGAACCCGCUGCCAGUUCACACCAGCCCGGGGGGGCAGCGGCGCUUUGGCUUCCUGUGCCUUCCUCCUGUGACCACUGCGGGUCCCCGGCGCUGAGCGGCGGGACAUGGAGGACCAGGACGGCUACACGGCCUUAGAGCAGUGGAGGAAACGAGGGGCUGCGGGGAGCCCCCCGUCCUCCCCGGGGGCAGCUGUAGGAUCUGGCUUUCCAGAACCCCGGGGGGUCCCCACCACAGCCCCCCCGCACCGUCCCCGCUGCCUCCUCGGGGCCCUCACGGCUGCCCUGGCGCUGUCCCUGGUGCUGUGUGUGUCCUGGUGGGUGGCAGAGAGGGCACAGCCCGAGGCGACCUCGGGGUGGGGGAACACCUCCCUGGGACCCCCCUGUGCCAGCCUGGACGGCACCUUCAGGGAGCUGAGGAGGAUCCUGUGCCCCCCGCGAGAGGCCGAGGGGUGCAGGCUCUGCCCCGUGGGCUGGAUGCUGGGCAGCACCAAGUGCUACUGGGUCUCGGAAAGGAUGAACUUGUGGCACGGGAGUCGGGAGGACUGCGGGGACCGCGGGGCCGUGAUGGCGAUGCCGUGGGACAAGGACGAGCUGGAUUCCCUCAAUGAGACCCUGAGGAAACCCACGCGGCACUUCUGGAUCGGGCUCUCGGUGCCCGCGCCCGGCAUGGGCUGGACGUGGGUGAACGGCUCCCGCCCGGACUGGAGCCGGUUCCCGCAGGACCUCGGGGAGGGUCCCGGAGCCUGCGGGGCGCUCAAGGGGGACAGGAUCGACCCCCGCGCCUGCGACACGGGGCUGCAGUGGAUCUGCCAGACGGAGUCCGCCCGGAUCUGAGAAUCUCCAUCGCACCCAAAACCCACCGUUAAUGCGGGAGAAAAUCCCGAUUCCCGCGGGUUCGGCACCCACGGGACAGCUUCCGGGACAGGGGCAGGACCGCGGCCGGGGAAAGUCGCCCUGGGUGGGCGAGGCGAGGGCGGGGGGGGGAGGCGGAGGA